GCCGGCUGCAGCCACCGCCGCCGGGUCGCCUGGGUCGCCGGGGGCCGCGGCGCUCGGGCCGCGUCCGUCCCUCCCGGGCGCGCUGCGCGGCCGUCGCUGCUGCCCGCGCUCGUGCCGCCGCCGCCGCCGCCGCCGGUUACGCCCAGCCCCGCCGCCGCCCCGCUCUGAUUCUGCGCAUAGGCAGCCCCCAAGCCUGUCAUUCUGCAAAAACACAGUUUACUCAACACACACACUCACACCACACACACACGCGCGCACACACGCGCACACUGGCCCCCGCGCGCACACGCACGGAGGGCGCGAGCGAGCAGACGCGCACACCCGGCGAGCCAAGUUCCGCAGCCUGGCAUGGCUUCUGGGGACCUUUACGAGGUUGAAAGGAUUGUAGACAAGAGGAAGAACAAGAAAGGAAAAUGGGAGUAUCUGAUCCGGUGGAAAGGGUAUGGGAGCACUGAGGACACAUGGGAGCCAGAGCACCACCUCUUGCACUGUGAGGAGUUUAUCGACGAGUUCAAUGGGCUGCACGUGUCCAAAGACAAGAGGAUUAAGUCAGGGAAGCAGGCCAGUGUCUCCAAGCUCCUGCGUGACAGUCGAGGGGCCUCAGUUGAGAAACUCUCCCACAGACCUUCUGACUCUGGAAAGAGCAAAGGGACGUCCCAUAAACGGAAGCGAAUAAAUCCUUCCCUGUCCAAGACGAAAAAAGGGCACUCUGUGAAGCCCCCUGCUGGAGGUGACAGGGCCACCAAGACUGUGUCUUACAGGACUACCCCCAGUGGCUUGCAAAUAAUGCCCCUGAAAAAGGCUCAGAAUGGGAUAGAAAAUGGGGAUGCCAGUUCAGAGAAGGAUGAGAGGCACUUUGGAAACGGGUCCCACCAGCCUGGCUUGGAUGUGAAUGAUCAUGUUGGAGAGCAAGACCUGGGGGACUGUGACGUCAGCCAUGCAGCCCUGGUGGAGAAUGGGCUUGGGCCAUGUGGACUUGGUCAAAUGCCCACAUUGGUUACAGACACCUAUGCAUGUGGGGAGGCCAAGCCACUGAUGCACCCGCCGAGGUCUCUAAUGAGUCUGAAAUUCCUGACUGCGCUUCAAGACACCCAAGGUCAUGGUAACCACUCUAGAGACACUUCUCAGAGGGCAGCUCAAAGCUCUCACCCACCAGGACCCAAGACUCGUGUCCCGAGAGGGCCGGUACCAUCACAGGGCUCUGCUCUGACCAACGGGGGACUGAGCCUGCACAGCCCGGUGAAGAGGAAACUGGAGACGGAGAAGGACUACGUCUUCGACAAGAGGCUCAGGUACAGCGUGCGCCAGAACGAAAGCAACUGUAGGUUUCGAGACAUUGUCGUGCGGAAGGAAGAGGGGUUCACGCACAUCCUGCUGUCCAGCCAGACCUCCGACAACAACGCCCUGACCCCUGAGAUCAUGAAGGAGGUCCGGCGAGCCCUCUGCAACGCAGCCUCGGAUGACAGCAAACUGCUGCUGCUCAGCGCUGUUGGGAGCGUGUUCUGCAGUGGCCUGGACUACUCCUACCUGAUUGGCAGGUUGUCCAGCGACCGGCGGAAGGAGAGCACGCGGAUCGCAGAAGCCAUCAGGGACUUUGUGAAGGCCUUCAUUCAGUUUAAGAAGCCCAUCGUGGUGGCCAUCAACGGGCCUGCCCUGGGCCUGGGCGCCUCCAUCCUGCCCCUCUGCGACAUCGUGUGGGCCAGCGAGAAGGCCUGGUUUCAGACGCCCUAUGCCACCAUCCGCCUCACGCCUGCUGGCUGCUCCUCGUACACCUUCCCCCAGAUCCUGGGCAUCGCGCUGGCCAACGAGAUGCUGUUCUGCGGGCGGAAGCUCACGGCCCAGGAGGCGUGCAGCAGGGGCCUCGUGUCCCAGGUCUUCUGGCCGACCACCUUCAGCCAGGAGGUCAUGCUGAGGGUCAAGGAGAUGGCGUCCUGCAGCGCGGUGGUGCUGGAGGAGUCGAAAUGCCUUGUUCGAAGCUUCCUGAAAUCGGUGCUUGAAGAUGUGAACGAGAAAGAAUGCCUCAUGCUCAAGCAGCUCUGGAGUUCCUCCAAAGGCCUGGAUUCCCUGUUCAGCUACCUGCAGGACAAAAUCUACGAAGUCUGAAGGGCCCCAGUGCUCCCGGGCACCUGACUGUCCAGCUUCGCCCUGUGUUUCAGCAACGGGAACACAGCUAGGCUCCGGCCAAGAAGCUUGUCCAGGUGUCACAUUAUACCCACAGUUGUAUCCAUUUCCUUGAGUCCUUUGGUUGAUCUUCAUUGGUUUGGUUUUGUGUAGCAGAGGGGAACGCAGUGUCCUUGGUCUCCCCAUCGUCCCUGCCCCGACUGGCCAGAGACCCUUGAGGGCUAAUCUUCCCAGGCCUCUACCAGGUCCCCCCGUCCUCUCCCCACUUGCUGAAAUGCACCAUCGUGGUCCAGGAAGGGGAGGACUGAUUUCCUCCUUUUGACUCAGGCUGUGUCUACACAGUGCCUCCGAUUCGGAGAUUUGGCCAUCGUGGCUGCCUCUGGUGACGUGCGCUUCAUGUGACAGGGAGAGAUCAAUCUUAGGGAAUUUCCAGACUGACAAGCCAAACGAUUGUGUAGACCCUGCCUCAGUCUCCUCUCUGAUGCAAUCUGUGUGACUCUUAGAGCUUGGUCUCAAAACCCAAUUGAGUGAUUUACAAACCCAGAUACUGUACAUUUAGAAAUGUUUUGUUAAAUAUAUAUUUUUAAAACAAUGUAAGUGGAAAUUCUGAUAAUUUAUGUGUAUUAUAUGUAAAGCUAGUUUUGCAAAAACAUGAACUACUAGGAAAAAGGUUUUCUUUAAUUAGACUUAUUUAAUUUAUUUAUUUUGUGUUUAUAUAUUAUGAUGUCUGUAGUUCACACAGAUAUUAUUUUCAUACUGCCCUGGACCAAAUCCCACACAAGGUUCCUACCGUUUGGUGCAUUCUAGCAGUGAGCCAUGUAGAAAUAAAAGUGAGAUAGAUAAAAACAGAAGGACUUCUGUUGGUAAAAGGAAUAGCUCUACGCUAGAUCCUCCGUGUGUAAAUGGUUCUCAGUUGUAAUAAUAAAAUCCCAGCUCUUUAGGUUUGUCCUUGGGAGAAAUCCUGGAAGAGGGUUCUUUUUAUUUGCUGCCUUAUAGGAGAUAAGGGGAGCUCCAGCCUGGAUGGUACUGAACCAUACCCAGGUCUGAAUCAUUGGAUGUCAGGAAGCCGUGAGGAAUAGGGACCUGUAUGGAGAUUGUGUCUUGUCUAGAGCCAGACUUAUUUGUUUGGGGCAAAUGACUGGACUUGGACUUGGGUCUGUUUCUUCCAUGUGAUGGUGAUUCCCAGUGUGGAAAGGAGAUGAAGAAGAGUUCCCUCUCUGUCAGGCUGUCAUCAGAAGGUCUGAAUCACUUUGCCUCCUAAUGCCAGGGUAGUCUAUCCUUCUCCUGGUUGUCACUGCCACAGCGGAGCAGCCACAGGGGAUGCACCCUCCCGGGCUGCUGAGGGAUUCUGGCCGCCGUGUUUAGACCAUCAGACCAAAGUCCAGGGUCAGCUGUGGGAGAAACUUUUGUUUUCUUCUUGGAUGGUGAGGAGAGAGGUUGACAUGAAGUAAAGAGCAGAGAAAUGGAAGGAGCGUGUCAUGCGUGUGGCUUAAACCAGCAAUGAGUCAAAUCCCCAGAGAAAGUUUGGUUCUCCAGAUGGCAGGAUUUCCCAUUUCCAUCGCAACCUCAGUCGGGUCUCAGGGGCCCUUUGCCCUCCCCUUCCAUGCCCCUCAGUUGGUCUCCAGCCUCUCUAGACACUUGGCGAUGGUUGAAUGGAGCAGAGUUGGGCAGAGCUGGGGAAGGUGAGGUGGGCUGGGAAGCAGAAGGGUCAUUGCUACAGUUGUCUCUCUUUGGUCCUUUAUCCUCUUCCCAAGGUGACCAGAUGCACUGGACAGGGCAGGUGGAGGAGUUCACAGCCCUGAGCUUGGUGCUUCAAAGAACAGGUUGAGUGUCUACCCUAGAGCUGCAGACCUGGUCCCUUCAACAGUGACUCUGAGGUUUACUUGGAUCCUUGGUCCUUAAGGCCGAUGGCCUUGGCUCCCUUUUAGAAAACCCCCAUUCCUUUGUGUUUCUCCGUGACUUCAUGAGGGCCAGGAAGGAGAGGGGGCUUCUCUGCUUCUCAUCCCUUCCCCUCCAGCCUGGUGUCAGAAAGGAAUGGCCACCUUGGCCAAAUCCAGCCAGAAGUAGAGGGGAUUGAAGUCCUGUGUUCCCUCCCCUUCACCCUUGUAGGUUCUAUAGGAGCCACACACCCAUACUGUAGGGCAUACUACAGGGAAACACCUGUUUGGGCCCAAAUUCCUGUUUUCCCAUCUCCACUUGGGUUUUGUUUUUUCCUAUGAGAAAGCAAAUGUGUGCAUUUCCCAAAGCCCGCAGACAAACCUUCGUUCUCCUGUGCUGUGGCAGGUAAUCUCGUCAACCUUUACCAAGUCCUCUAAAGAAAAGAGCCCCUUGCAUUCGUUCAGCUCCUGGUUGGGGACGGCUGCAUUCCCCAUCUUUAGAGGUAGAGUGUCAGGAUUCUCCGUGGAAACGGAAGAGGAGGGGUGGAAAUUCCUUUUGAUCAAUGCCCAUCCUUGCUUCCUGCUGAAAGAACUAGAAAUGUUUUAUUUUGAACAUCCGUCACCUCCAAACUUCCGAAUAUUUCAGAGGUCUCUGAUGACGAAGGUAGGAGUUGAAACCAUUUGUAAGGUAGAGUUGAUUCCAUUCAUUUGUGGGUUCUGGGUAUAACGGGGGAUGUUUUAAAAAAGACAAGUGUAUAUUUUGGUUGUUUUCAUGUAGUCAGUUCAGUAACGGUGUUCCACCAGUUUAGCACAAGUUGGUUAAUUCUCUUUGCUAUGGGGGAGACUGAACCACUGAAUUUGUCACUUUCCUGGUAGCUGUUGUGAGAAAGUAUAGACUAAACCCAGGUAACUUAGAGCAAAUUGCCCUGGGAUGGAAAACACCAGACCUAUUGGGCCAGGGCUUAGCUUAAUAGUUUUCUUGAGACAGGGUUCCAACAUCCAUUUAAAAAAAUUUUUUUUCUACCCAUCACCCUCUCUCCAUCCAUGAGAUCCUUUCUCUUCUCUCUCCACCACUUUGGCACCCCCCACCCUGCCCCCUGGGAAUGUCUGUGACUCCCUAGAGCCUUCGGGACCCAUGAGGAACUGUGGCUGGUCCCCGAAUUUCCUUUGGGGUGGAAAGAGCGGCUAUGGGUGGGAAAUUGAGGGCAUCUCUUUGGCCAAGGAGCUUCUCUAGACAGUCUGCUCCCGGCCACUCCAUUAGCUCUGGCUCGGAACUCACCUUCCCUCUCUGCCCCAGCCGCUAACGACGUCUGAUCCAGGAGGACUUUUUGCAGAACUUUGUUAAGGCGGCCAGACCCGUGUCAUCAUUUGGAAGCGCAGCCUUCUGCCGAUCCACCCGUGUCUCCCUGCUUUGGAGUAAAGCCUUUGAAUAAAAACCAUCAAAAUGACCUGCAAAGAAAUGAAAUUGGGUAACUGUGAGAAGGGAGUUGAGAAUUGAUUAAAAUGUUACUCUUGUUCAGUGCAGGUUAAGCUGGAAUUGUACUUUCUGAAGCAUGAAAAUAGGUUUUCCCAGAUGGAGUUUAGUAUGAGGAUGGAAAACUGAUAAUCAAAUUGGCCUUUGAACAAUGCAACUAUAUCUCUGAAUGUCCGCAUUUAAAAAUAGCUUUGACUGAAUGCUGAAAUUUCCCUUUAUUAAUUGUUGGUUUUAAAAAAGUUUGUAAACGUUUUUUAAUUUGAGGUUUAGUUACAUUGUGCCAUUUUACAAUCUCGUUUCUGUGAAAAUUUUUCUAACAGAGAAACAAAUAGGAACAUCUUCAAAUCUUCCUAAUUGAAUAUUUAAAAUGCAGAAUUCCUUCUCUUCUGUGUUUCUGUACUCAGACACUUGGAUCUGUUGUAUAUAUUAGUCUAGGUACUCUCACUAAUAUACGCAGUAUUUAAGACUCUAAAUGAGAUUUCUUAAGUAUUUUAUUUUAUUCUCUAUAAAUGGUUUUGUAUAAUCUUUAAAAAUCUACACUUUGCCUUUGUAGAUAUUUAAGGGAAACCGUUUGGGGGUUGUCUUGCAUGUAUAUUUUUGUUGUAGAUAAGUGUUGCUUAGUUAUUUCUGCAAAUUUUGUUUGAAAUGCUUACAGACUUUAAUACAGUAUAUAUUUUCAGAAAAUAAACUUUUAUAUUUCUGUGGUAAGUUAGAAUAUGCGUUUUAGGCAAUCUUUUCCAUUAAUAUCACUUGUUCUUUCCAAUAAUAGCAUACUGGUUUGGUGCCAAUAGGUGUUUUUCAUUAGAAUCUAAUGCUCUUCUAUUAUAAGAGAGCAGGUUAAUUUCCUUUUUCUUAAAGUAAUUAAGUUUGAAGUAUAAUUUGAAAAUGUAUUGAAUUUGUGAAUAAGCCUUACCACUAGGAUCAGUAAAUUUUUCAACCUUUGCAACUACAUGUGUAUUUUGAGAUCUCCCCAUAAAUUCUCACUGUGUGGAAGUUGAUGAAGUUUGUGAACAGAGCCUUAAGCUUGUUGCAAAAAAAAAAAAAAAAAAAAAAAAAGGUUAUUACGGGUUGUUUCUUCUAAGCAAAGGCCGUGUUGCAAAGACUUCAUGUGUCUGUAGCUCAUGGCGAAUCCGGAGGGUUUGGUUGAGUUGAUAGCAGCAGGGACCAAAUAGGGCACAUUGGUGAUUAUCUUUUGCCAUAAGAAUGGACCAGGGACAGUCUUCUGGAGCCACUUAUGUAGUUCUCACAUGAUUUGGACACAGUCACAGGGACGGCUGCUGGUCUGUCAUUUAGUUGUACACAAAUUGCUUUGCCUGCUCCUGACCCCAGCAGUUGACCCCAGCUUCUUGCUCAUUGACUUGCAAAUGUCUGUGUGGCUGAGCUCAGCCUUCCUUGAGAGAUGUUAACUGAGUUUAUAGGAGUCUUACCAUGGAGACAAUCUGAAGUCAAUUUCAAUCACAUAAAACCUGUACCCCACGUGACCUCAGUGUCUUAUCCAUGAACUGUGUGUGGUAGGCCAUGCUAAACCCGAGUUCAGCACAGCAAAGUCAAACUAGAUGCAGAGCACACAGCCACUAUUAGUCUACCCCGGGGCUGUUUUAAUGGAGUGUAAGUUGUGGAGGCCAUCGGCAGUAGCUCCACUGUGUCUGGAAUCUAAUGAAACCAACUAGAAAUUGGAUUUAAACCUUUUAAAGAUUAUGAUGCCUUUUGGUUGUCCACCUAUAAAUUGUCACCAACUGAUUCUCCUUGCCAAAACUUUAAAGACGAUCUUGAGUCCAGGGCUGUGUUAUGGCUAAAGUCAAGUCAUUUGGUUCAUCUCUAGUAAGUGAUCAUAGAGACAAUUUAUAGACCAUUAGGGAUGGAGGUUUCAGUGCAUGUGGCAGUCAGAAAACGGAUACCUAGUUUUGAGUUUCAGCUCUGGCAUCUCUUUGGAUUGACCACACCUCAUUGACCCAACAUUCUGUCCUGUUGCUGGAGAGUGUUAAGGUGACUCUGGCAAGUUUGGAGGGUAUAGCGUUUUCCAUCCAGUAUUUAGUUUGUCCCUGUGCCAUUAGUCGCAGCUUGAAGUCAUUCUCAGAGUUCCAUGUUGAUAGGAUUGUGAAAAUAUUGCCUUUCAUAAAACCAAGGACCAAAGAAUCUCAUUAUUCCAACAAAGCACGAGUCUCAUAGUUGUGGGCACUUCUUUCCAGAGAUGUGCAUGCUUUAUGGCAGAGAAACUGCUCACUUCCACUAACCUCGUGCCCCCACCAGCUGACCAUACAGAGUGACCAUUUAGUUGGCACACUGAGAAGGCUCUGGAAGAUGAGUUUGCAAGACUGAAAUACCCUCUCUCGGGUGGGUGUUUCUGCUGUGUGUUCUCAGCCUUUAUCCGUAUCACAAGUGGAGGUCUGGCGUGCCUCCGGGUGAUCUGACUGGUGUAGCCUGCUCCACCUGAACCUGAGCCUCCAGCCUGAGUUUUUCAGAUGUGUCUGCAUUGAGCGAUGUGAGAUCAUACAAUCGCCAACUUUUCACCUCCUUUUGUUCUGCAUCCUCUCAUUCCAAUCCCUGGCUGGCGUGAGGAUUUCCUUUAGUUCUCAUACCCAGGGAUGCUCCAUUCUCACCGUGAUGAAAUCACCCAUCCACUUAAGUGACUUGAGAAAUGAUUGAUGCUGAAGAAGUGGUGUUCUAUUGGUAAGGCUUAUUACCAAACUUCUGAUAAUGAAGCAGGCUACCAAAAACUUAUCCAGCCUAUACUGGGGUGUUUGGAUUUGAUCAUGGAUGUAGCGCACACACCAAAAUCCACGGAGACCUUUGCAAAUUAGGCUACUUGUUUUGUUUUGCCAGAUUAUCAUGGGAGAGUCUUUAACUAGUUCUGAAUAUUUGUAAGUAUGAGUACUUCAUAGAAUUAUAAUGCAGGUACAGCUGACCCUCUCUCACCACGUUGUAAAUAUUUCCCGAGACUGGGUGCAGUACUAAGGGAUAAUAAUCUUCUGAUUUAUCAAAUGCUGACUGUCUAGAGCAAAUUGUACACUCUCUUCGUGAAUGGUCCUGUAACGUGUAUGAACACAUUUCUGGGUGCCUUAGAAGUUGUAUUUUUCAUGUGUGCUAAUAUGCAGUAUUUAUACAUUGUGAGAAGCUGCUUUGAAUAAAAAGGUUGAACUUCA